AAUUAAUAAAACAUAAAUAAGAGGUGUUUUAUGUUUGUAUAAUCAUUGACACAACAUAUCCAUCAAAAUCAUUAUAAAUUAUAGUUUAUAUAAUAAUAACAGCAAUUGUAGUGAUAAUCACUUGAUAUUAUGGCACACAUUGAGGACUGUAAACGAGACACUCUUGAGUUGAUGCGCAAAGUGGACGGACUGAUUGCGGUGAUGAUCACCGACAGAGAAGGGGUGCCUCUUAUCAAAGUGGUCAACGAGAUGUGUGAGCAAACAAUGACAGGUCGGCCAACAUUUGUUGCGGCAAACUUUACGGCGGGUGUGGAACAAGCGGGCAAACUGGGCAUUGGUCAGUGCCAUACAAUUGUCACCCGAUAUCACAACUACCAGAUCGUACACUUCAAUAAAGACAAACUCAUUGUCGCACUCAUAGCCAAUACCAACGCCAAUAUCGGCGAACUGUUAGCACUUGAAGACGAAUUUGAUCUCAUUUGCCAAGAGUUUAGACAUUGUGUUGAAUACAACUGAUGACAAUUCAAACCUAUCAACACUUUAGUUGGAUUUUAUUUCAAUGAUUGAAGAAAUCUAAUAACAAUGUUAUGAUUGAUACUGUGAUAAUUGUCUUGAGAUAACAUUCAACGAUAUGAAUGAAGGAAUA